GCAGGCGAAAUCGGCGCUGAUAUUGAUCGUCUCCUCGAUUAUGUCUGCCUCUGAUUUUCAUGAUUUUCGGACUUAAGUACUUGGAGUUACUUGCUAUGUAGAUUAUUUAAAGCACUCCUUCUAGAACUACAAGUGCGACGCUGUGAUGGGUUUAAAUAUCUGAGCUUCGAAGCAAAUACUAGGAUGCACAAGCACACUUUUCGACGUGGCAUUCCACUGUGAGAGGCCGCCAUCUAAUAGUGGGAUAAUUAUGACGACUGGAAAGAAGCGAAAGCGAAGGUGAGAGCGGAUAGGCAAAAGGAACAGGAGGCAAGGAAACGAGCGAAGCUUGCGCGGCGUGCAGAGAAUGCAGGUGGAGACGACUCGUCUAGUAGCGACAACAGCGAAGAUGAUUCAGAGUUAGACUUCGGCUCCGAUUCAGACGGGUCUGACGGUGGUUUUGGUGGUGGACAUGGA